AACGCCUGGCAAAUAAUCUCAGAGAUUUGAAAAAAUGGCGACCGCCACAGAGAACACCCAAGAUGACGAAAUGGCAGAAAACCCAGAACCUGUGACUUGUACUAGGAAUCAUUUCGCUGAGAUCAAGGAGGUCCAGGGUAUAAUAGGGGGUAUCGGGGCGAUUUACCAGGAUGACAUUUUAUUGGAGGCAGCAAUGGAAAGAUUGUUAGUGAUUCUCGAUGAGUACCAGGAACAACCACAUCUUCUGGACCCAUAUCUUGAAGACUUGGUGGGAAGGCUCUUGAGUAUUGUCCGAGAUGAGAGCAACCCUCCAAAAAUGGUCCAUCAGGCUUUUAAAUAUAUUUAUGUCAUCACUAAGGUGCGAGGUCCUAAGUGUGUGGUGAGACUUUUCACUCAUGAAGUGUCAGACAUUGAGCCCCUUCUAGCGAUGAUCAACAAGCAGAUCCAAAAUGAACACGAGACAUGGGAAACUCGUUACAUCCUUCUCCUGUGGCUUUCCAUCGCCUGUAUGAUACCAUUUGACAUGUCAAGACUUGACGGCACAUUUGGGGCUGGCACUUCAGAACAACGAAGACCAGUAGUGGACAGAAUUAUUGAUGUGGCAAAAAGCUACAUGUGUGUUCCUGACAAAUCACGCGAUGCUGCUGCACUUCUAAUUUCCAAGUUCAUUACAAGACCUGAUGUCAAGAAACACAAACUUGCUGAGUUCAUUGACUGGAGCCUCAAAGAGAUAACAAAGUCAAGAAAUGAAGCAAAUACAAUUCAAGGCAUGAUGAGCUUGACUGGUUUGAUGACUUCCCUGGCACUUCUCUUAAAACAUGGCAAGAGAGAGGAUCUCCUUCCGUAUGCCCCAGUUGUUUUGAAGCAGAUAGGUUCUUGUGAGAUCAAAGACAUCAAUAAUACAGUGCUACGGAAACUUAAUGUCAAGCUCGUGCAGCGUUUGGGACUAACAUUCAUGAAGCCAAGACUAGCAUCAUGGAGAUAUCAGCGUGGAAGUCGCUCUCUAGUGAGCAACUUACAGGGACCAAAUAUAAAGUCAGAAAGCAGCCAAGAGACACCCAUUGAGACAGGACAGGAAGAAGAGUAUGAUGUACCAGAAGAAAUAGAAGAUGUCGUAGAGCAACUGCUGAUUGGUCUGAAGGACAAAGACACUGUUGUGCGGUGGUCAGCGGCCAAGGGCAUUGGUCGAAUCACUGGUCGUUUACCUAAGGAGCUUGCAGAUGAGGUUGUCGGCAGCCUGUUAGAGCUCUUUACAUUUAGCGAGUCCGACGGUGCUUGGCAUGGAGGGUGUUUAGCGCUUGCUGAGCUGGGAAGAAGAGGACUGCUUCUUCCUCAAAGGCUUCCUGAAGUGGUUCCUGUUGUCCUGAAGGCUCUAGCGUACGAUGAGCGUCGUGGUUCGUACAGUGUUGGAAGCCAUGUUCGUGAUGCAGCAUGCUACGUGUGCUGGUCGUUUGCACGUGCCUAUGACCCCAAGGAGAUUAGGCCACAUGUGCUGGCUUUGUCCAGUGCUCUGAUUGUCACUACAUUAUUUGAUCGGGAAGUGAAUUGCCGUCGAGCAGCUUCGGCUGCCUUCCAAGAAAAUGUUGGCAGGCAGGGUACGUUUCCUCACGGCAUUGAAAUCCUGACAACCGCUGACUACCAUUCUGUUGGCAACAGAUCUCACACUUACCUGAAUAUCAGUGUGUACAUUGCACAGUUCAAAGAGUACACGAGGCCCAUGAUAGAGAACCUGGUGGAAACAAGACUCCAACACUGGGAUGGUGCUUUGAGAGAGCUUGCCGCCAGAGCACUACACAAUUUAACUUCAUCUGAUCCAGAGUACAUGGCAACCACUAUGCUCCCAAAAGUCUUGACCAUGACGAGCAGCAUGGACUUGUUUACGAGACACGGUAGUAUCUUUGCAUGUGCAGAAAUCGUCAGUGCACUCUAUCACUAUGGAAAACAGAGUGGCAAGACAAUCAGUGAUUUUGUAUCUUCGACGUCACUUGCUGCUUUGAAAGACAUUGCUUCCAAGCUACAUGCCGGGCAACUUUUCAGGGGUCUCGGUGGCGAGUUCAUGCGACAAGCCAUCUCUCAUUUGAUAGAGAAGCUCUCAUUAUCUCAAUUUCCCUGGCAAGGUGAUAGCAUAACAGACUUAUGGCAGAGAAUUCUCUAUGACAACUUGUGCCACACUGAGCCACCCAUUCAGGAGAAAGCUGUGCAAGCACUGAGUGCAAUGUGCAACCAGUAUUAUAGAGACAGUACCGGCAAAGCGAUUACUGAUAUUCAAGAAAAACUCAUCAAUCACUGUGUGGCUGAGCUAAAAAAUCAAUUACAAUUCCCAAGAGUGGGUUAUGCGCAAGCACUGGGAUCGCUCCCAAAAUUCAUGCUAAUGGGAAAACUACAAAAGGUGGUGGAGGGGCUGAUCAUAGCAUCUCAAGUUGGUAAUGAUCCUGGAAUCUAUGCAGAGUCCAGAAAUGAAGCACUGAAAUCUUUAGCAAGUGUUGCAUGCACAGUUGGAAUUGACAGGACUGCCUGUGAAAAUGAUGCCGUAACAGAAGCUAGUCUAGAUGCUAUCUACAAGGCAUUUUUUGAAGCUAUGCAAGACUAUACCACUGACAGUCGAGGAGACGUGGGUGCCUGGGUCCGUGAAGCUAGUAUGACUGGUUUGGCACAAGUCACAAAACUUGUGCUACAAAUGGAUUCCAGUCUGCUAAACCCAGAUGUUUGUCAGCGUUUGAUGUGCUGCCUGGUGCAACAAGCUUCAGAGAAAAUUGACAGAACGCGGGCUCAUGCGGGAGAGAUUUUAGUUCAGCUUGUACAUCACGACCCUCGGAUUCCACACAUCCCACACCACGAACAGCUUCUGGAGCUAUUCAAGAGAGAGACGUGUUCUGAGUUGAACUGGAGCGCGCCAGCAGACUGCUUUCCGGUGGUUACCAGGCUCCUCGGUAUGCCAACCUACAGGUAUCCCACUCUUCUGGGGCUUACCGUCAGUGUGGGUGGUCUUACAGAAUCAUUGGUUCGCCAGUCAACUGCAGCGCUUUUGAGCUAUCUGCGAGACAUAACUUCAAAAAAAGAUGAUCUGAACAUUUUUGCAGACACAAUAAUUAAUAUUUUCCGUGAACACAAGAAAAACGACAGAGUUAUAGUUCCACUCUUCAAGAUGCUUGACUUUCUGCUCUCAAGCAGCUGUUUUGAGAUGUUUAUUCCUGAUGAGAAUCACGGGUUCCCCCAGACCCUUGUCACGCUGACCAAGGAGGAGAUCGCAAGAAUCGGAGACGCAAGAAAAAUCAUCACUAGCAUCAAUGUAUUCUGCCAGCUUCUUCAGUUUCCAGGCGUGACCCGGAGCAAGUCCAUGCAGCAACUGCUGAUGUUACUUUGUCAUAAAUUUCCCAGGGUGCGAAAGACAACCGCUGAUCAGCUAUACACAACAAUCAUAACAUACGAUGACGUCAUUCCUGAAGAAAGGCUUGAUGGCGUCAUGACAAUCCUCAGUGACACAAUCUGGGACAUGGAUUUACCAAAAGUGAGAGAAGAGCGUAACAAAAUAUGUGAUAUGCUCGAUAUGCCUAGACCUGUUCUCAAGUCCUCAGCAGCGAAACCUUCUGAGCCGGAGAAGGAACCAGAUGAGUUGGACAGUUACAAAGAUCUUGUGUCUCGGUUUCACUGAGGCUCAGCCCGAUGACAACCGGAGGUAGUGCAGAUGACACAACCAAUAAAAGCAAUGUAAAAGAUGCAGCAUUCUUUGUAUCUGGUUGUUUUGCCGUAAAUAUGUAACGUCUGCGAAAUGCAUAGACGAUGGUGCGUGUCAUGGACAUGUAAAGACUAAUGAAAGAAAACUACUUCAUCAGUGUUUUUGCUAGGCGGUAAACAAAAGGGGGAGGGGGACUAAUAAAAGAAAAAUAAUUUA